UAGUUAGUUAAGGCAGUAGGGAGUUUCUGCUGGGGUCUGGAUUGGAGAUACAACAGACCGGACCCUCUUGUGUAUGAUUGGAGUCUAAAGGAAGAGCAUUUUCCCCUUGCCUCAAAGAGUCUACAUGUCUAAUAUUUAGACAUGUUCAGCUUUGUGGAUAUUCGGUUAGCGCUGUUGCUUGCAGCAACAGCACUUUUGGCAAGAGGUCAAGGCGAGGACGACCACACAGCCGGCAGCUGUACAUUGGACGGCCAAUUAUAUAGCGACAAAGAUGUAUGGAAACCCGAACCCUGCCAAAUCUGCGUUUGCGACAGCGGCACCGUCAUGUGCGACGAAGUGAUUUGCGAGGAUACAUCUGACUGCCCCAAUCCAGAAAUUCCCUUCGGCGAAUGCUGCCCGGUUUGCCCCGGUGAGGAAGAUAACGGGGAUCCUAUCACGGCUGUGGGACCCAAGGGCAAGCCUGGUCCUAAGGGUGACAGGGGACUCCCCGGCCCCCCAGGUAAUGAUGGCAUCCCAGGCCAGCCUGGCCUUCCUGGACCACCUGGCCCCCCCGGACCCAACGGCCUUGGCGGAAACUUUUCUCCUCAAAUGUCUCACGGUUAUGAUGAGAAAUCUGGCGGUGGAGGAAUGUCCGUCCCUGGCCCCAUGGGCCCAAUGGGUCCCCGUGGUCCCCCUGGACCUCCUGGUGCUAGCGGACCCCAAGGAUUCACUGGUCCUCCUGGUGAGCCUGGUGAGGCUGGUGCUUCUGGUCCCAUGGGUCCCCGUGGUCCAGCUGGUCCCCCUGGAAAGAACGGAGAGGAUGGUGAGUCCGGCAAACCCGGUCGCGGCGGUGAGCGUGGUCCUGCUGGCCCCCAGGGUGCCCGUGGAUUCCCCGGAACCCCUGGACUCCCUGGGAUUAAGGGACACAGAGGAUUCAGCGGUCUAGAUGGAGCCAAGGGAGAUACUGGACCUGCUGGACCCAAGGGAGAGGCUGGUGCCCCUGGCGAGAAUGGAACCCCUGGCGCUAUGGGCCCACGUGGUCUGCCUGGCGAGAGAGGCCGUGCUGGUCCUGCUGGCGCUGCUGGUGCACGUGGUAACGAUGGAGCUGCUGGUGCUGCUGGUCCUCCUGGCCCCACUGGACCUGCUGGUCCCUCUGGGUUCCCUGGUGGUCCUGGAGCUAAGGGAGAUGCUGGUCCUCAGGGAAGCCGUGGUCCAGAUGGAGCUCCUGGUUCCCGUGGUGAGCCCGGUAGCCCCGGACCCGCUGGCGCUGCUGGUGCUGCUGGUAACCCCGGUCAGGAUGGAGCUGCUGGUGCCAAGGGUGCCCCUGGCGCUGCUGGCGUUGCUGGUGCUCCUGGAUUCCCUGGACCCCGUGGCCCCCCCGGACCUCAGGGUACUCCUGGUGCUCCUGGUCCUAAGGGUAACACUGGUGAGGUUGGUGCUCCUGGUCAUAAGGGAGACCCUGGUGCUAAGGGAGAGCCUGGACCCUCUGGAGUGCAAGGCCCACCCGGUCCCGCCGGAGAGGAGGGCAAGAGAGGAUCCCGUGGUGAGCCCGGCGCGGCUGGAGCUCGCGGAGCCCCCGGAGAGCGUGGUGCCCCCGGAAACCGUGGUUUCCCUGGUGGUGAUGGAGCUGGUGGCCCCAAGGGUGCCACUGGUGAGCGUGGUGGACCUGGCCCCGUAGGACCCAAGGGCUCCACCGGUGAGUCCGGACGCAAUGGAGAACCUGGCAUGCCCGGAGCCAAGGGUAUGACUGGCAGCCCUGGCAGCCCCGGACCCGAUGGCAAGACUGGCGGCCCUGGUCCUGCUGGACAAGAUGGCCGCCCUGGAGCCCCAGGCCCUGCUGGAGCAAGAGGUCAGCCCGGUGUCAUGGGAUUCCCUGGACCCAAGGGUGCUGCUGGCGAGGCUGGCAAGAGCGGCGAGAGAGGCCUUAUGGGACCAGCCGGUGCUGUUGGCGCCCCUGGCAAAGAUGGUGAUGUUGGUGCUCCUGGUGCUCCAGGACCUGCUGGACCCGCAGGAGAGAGAGGCGAGCAGGGUCCCGGUGGUGCCGCUGGAUUCCAGGGUCUGCCCGGACCCCAGGGUGCAACCGGUGAGACUGGCAAGCCCGGAGAGCAGGGCGCACCUGGUGAGGCUGGAGCUGUCGGCCCCGCUGGUUCCAGAGGUGACAGAGGUUUCCCCGGUGAGCGUGGUGCCCCCGGCGCUGCCGGACCCCCCGGCGCCCGCGGUUCUCCUGGCGCUGCCGGUAACGAUGGUGCUAAGGGUGACGCAGGUGCUCCAGGUGCCCCUGGCGCUCAGGGUGGUGCGCCCUGUGCCGUGAAGCCAGGAAGUGUUCGCGUACUCACAUCACCGUGUCUCUCCUCUCAGGGUGACAGUGGUGCCAAAGGUGCUGACGGUGCCCCCGGUAAGGAUGGCGUCCGUGGCAUGACUGGCCCCAUCGGUCUCCCCGGCCCCGCCGGUCCUUCUGGUGAUAAGGGUGAGUCUGGUCCCGCUGGCCCUGUUGGUCCCAGUGGUGCCCGUGGUGCCCCUGGCGAGCGUGGUGAAGCUGGUGCCCCUGGACCUGCUGGCUUUGCUGGUCCUCCUGGUGGUGAUGGUCAGGCUGGUGCUAAGGGUGAGGCUGGUGACACUGGUGCCAAGGGCGACGCUGGUGCUCCCGGACCUGCUGGACCUACUGGUGCUCCUGGACCUCAGGGUCCCGUUGGUCCCACCGGAGCCAAAGGUGGUCGUGGUGCUGCUGGUCCCCCUGGUGCUACUGGUUUCCCUGGUGCUGCUGGCAGAGUUGGACCCCCCGGCCCCGCUGGUAACAGCGGUCCCCCUGGCCCCCCUGGCCCUGCAGGAAAGGAAGGACAGAAGGGUAACCGUGGUGACACUGGCCCUGCUGGUCGCUCUGGUGAGAUUGGACCUGCUGGACCUCCCGGACCUUCUGGAGAGAAGGGUGCCCCUGGUGGUGAUGGGCCUUCUGGUUCUCCAGGUAUUCCUGGCCCUCAGGGUAUUGCUGGAUCCCGUGGUAUUGUGGGUCUGCCAGGACAGAGAGGCGAGCGUGGUUUCCCUGGCCUCCCCGGCCCAUCUGGAGAGCCUGGCAAACAGGGACCCGGUGGCCCUGGAGGAGAACGUGGGCCUGGCGGACCCAUGGGACCCCCUGGACUGGCUGGUGCUCCCGGUGAACCCGGACGUGAGGGUUCCCCUGGUGCUGAGGGUGCUUCUGGACGCGAUGGCCCUGCUGGACCGAAAGGUGAACGUGGUGAGACUGGCGCUGCUGGUGCUCCUGGUGCCCCUGGACCCCCUGGUGCUCCUGGUCCCGUUGGCCCUGCUGGCAAAUCUGGCGACCGUGGUGAGACCGGCCCUGCUGGUCCCGCUGGUCCUGCUGGCCCCGCUGGCCCCCGUGGCCCCGCUGGUGCCGUUGGCGCUCGUGGUGACAAGGGAGAGGCUGGAGAAGCUGGAGAGAGGGGCCUGAAGGGACACAGAGGCUUCACCGGUCUGCAGGGUCUGCCCGGACCCGCUGGCCACACGGGAGAGACUGGACCUGCUGGACCUGCUGGCCCCGCUGGACCCAGAGGACCCGCUGGUUCUGCUGGAUCCCCUGGUAAGGAUGGCAUGAGCGGCCUGCCCGGCCCCAUUGGACCCCCUGGACCCCGUGGUCGCACUGGAGAAAUCGGACCUGCUGGUCCCCCCGGACCUCCCGGACCCCCUGGACCUCCCGGACCCCCCGGCGGCGGAUUCGACAUGGGCUUCAUCGCCCAGCCCGCCCAGGAGAAGGCCCCCGAUCCCUUCCGUCACUACCGUGCCGAUGACGCCAACGUGCGCGACCGCGACCUCGAGGUGGACUCCACCCUCAAGUCCCUGAGCCAGCAGAUCGAGAACAUCCGCAGCCCCGAGGGCACCAAGAAGAACCCCGCCCGCACCUGCCGCGACCUCAAGAUGUGCCACCCCGACUGGAAGAGCGGAGAGUACUGGAUUGACCCCGACCAGGGCUGCUCUCAGGACGCCAUCAAGGUCUACUGCAACAUGGAGACCGGCGAGACCUGCGUGUACCCAACCCAGGCCGACAUCCCUCAGAAGAACUGGUACACCAGCAAGAACAUCAAGGAGAAGAAGCACGUCUGGUUCGGCGAGGCAAUGAGCGACGGCUUCCAGUUCGAGUACGGCGGCGAGGGUGCCAAGCCUGAGGAUGUCAACAUUCAGCUGACCUUCCUGCGCCUCAUGUCCACCGAGGCCUCCCAGAACAUCACGUACCACUGCAAGAACAGCAUCGCCUACAUGGACCAGCAGGCCGGCAACCUCAAGAAGGCCAUCCUCCUGCAAGGCUCCAACGAGAUCGAGAUCAGAGCCGAGGGCAACAGCCGCUUCACGUACAGCGUCACCGAGGACGGCUGCACGUCACACACUGGCUCAUGGGGAAAGACAGUCAUUGACUACAAGACAACAAAAACAUCUCGCCUGCCCAUCAUUGACAUCGCUCCUAUGGACGUUGGUGCACCCAAUCAGGAAUUUGGCAUUGAAGUUGGCCCAGUCUGCUUCUUGUAAAAAAGAAAUCUGGACUUGAAAUGUUUUUUUUUUUCCUAGCAGUCAUCUCUCUAAAACUUUCUCUAUGCAUUAAAAAAACCUAAAGUUUCAUUCGGCCGCAAAAUGGUCCACUUGCUUAAAACUACAUUUCUGAAGACGAUGUCUGUGUUAUCAUUUUUCAGAAACGAUUUUUCUGGGCCAUUAUCAACACCUACAUCAAGGACACUUUAAAAGAAUCGUUUGUUCCACUUGCAACAAGAAAAUAAUAUAUACUUGUAAAGUGUAAAAUCCCUCUCUGGCGUUUGAAAAGAAAAGCCCAUAAUGAAUACAGAUGACUUUUGCCAUUUUUUUACCACUGUGGAAGGACAAUGAAAAAACAAAUGCUUUGUACCGUUUUCAGGUGUUAAAUAAAUUUGAAAAAUGACAGUGAAGUGUCUUGUUGUUCUAACCAUCAGGAAAGCAACUAGCGGGACAACCGUUGUCCUUAAAAGUCACACAAUUACGAGCCGAGACAGGGGAUCAACAUUUUGAAAUCUUAUGGCUACCUCAGAAAAUUAAUCCAUGUUACGCAGAGUGUUAGCAAAUACCAGGGCAGAGAUUUUACACGUCAGAAGUAUCGUGGGAAAAAGCAUGUAACAACUGUAAACGGUGCUAAUUCUUCAUGAGGUCCGUCAGUGUUUAAUAAGACUCGUCCUUUGAUAUUAUUUUCACUGAUGCUUAUAGGAUCUUUGGUGCUAAAUUAAUAAAAUAUCUUGUUUCAAAGCAGAACAAAUGUUUUCUUCAUGAAGUGUUGUUUAAAAGCUCUACAGCUUUUACAGAUAAUUACUGUAGAUAUGAUUCAUGCAACCUUGUCUGAUGUAGAUUAAACAGGUGGACUUGUUCUGAGUUUCAUUUUUGUUUUGUUUCACAUUUUCACCACCACUCCCCACCACUUUUUUGUUUUUUUUAUUCCCCCUUUUGUUGUCCGCAUUCCUUCUAGCAGCACCCCUCUUUCACCCCUUGAUUUUUGUUAGUUUGUUAUUUUCUUUCUUCAGGAGGGUUUUUUUAUAAAAUUCGAAACUGGGUUUUAAAAAAAUGGAAAAGACUUAGAAACCGCCCGAGAAGCAGACACACUUUGGGGGGAAUACCAGAGGAUCUGUACCUAUUUUGUAUGUGUAUAAUAAUUUGAGAUGUUUUUAAUUAUUUUGAAUGCUGAAAUAAAGCAUGUUAAGUGUUCUACCUAA